AUGUCGGGCAAAUAUGCCUUCACCAAGACGCUGAAGGAGCUGCGAUUCCUCCACUGCCAGACCAGCGAGCACUCCAAUGCCGUCCGAUCAUUCCUUACCCGCGCCUAUCCCACGAUGAAGAAAAACAACCCGCACACCCCAAUCAUGAUCCGAGAAGCGAUGGGAAUCGAGCCGAGAGUAUAUGCGCGAUAUGAGUACGGAAAGGAGAAGUUCGCAGAUUUGAAGGGACUUGACGACAAGGCGAUUGAGGAGAAAGUUACGAGUCUCGCUCAGGGACAGCAAUAA